AUGAUCCCUUUUCUUUUACUUGGAAUAGCCUAUGGAGAGCUUAUCCUCCAAGACUCAGACUAUUUAAACCCAAUCAGCUUAAGCUCAGUCCAACUUUACCAAGUCACAGACUAUUUCUUUCAUAUAGAAACCACCAUAUCUCUUGACGCAAAUGAUAUCUUAAACAUCCAAUUUCCUUCUGAAUACGAAUCUCUUAGUCUAUCUUCUUGUUCUUUAAUAUCUACUCCUAAAUCCAACCCUAUAGCAUACAGCUCCUCUUGUAUAAUUUCUUACCCUAUCAUAAAGCUCAUAAUCCCUGUCUCAUUCCCACCUAUAAAACUUACCAUAAUUCUAAGCGGCGUCCAAAACCCUUUGACUUAUAAAACAACCAGCUUAUUUUCAAUUUUUACCACAAAAACCAAUGAUAUUAGGUAUACAAGCCAAAAUUUUGCCUUUGGAAAUCUCGCCUUUGCUGAGAGAUUAUCAAGCGUUUUAACAGCUAAUUUAUUGACUGAUUAUUCUGGAUUUAGCAAUAUAGUAGGGGAAAAAUCAGACUAUUUAUUUGGGAUUGUUAUCACUGAUAAUAUUGAUAAAGGGACAUUUUUUAGGUUUAAUUUCCCUGAUUAUUGAGGAAAAACAGUAGGAGCUGACUAUCAUUGUAAAAUGGUCAGCUAUUUGUAUUAUAAUUUUGUGCCUGCAGGGAGUUUUUAUUGUGAAAGUGACGAAGAUUAUGUAUAUUUAAAAGGUUUAAGCCAAAAUAUAAAAGCUACAGCUAGCAGCCCAGUGAGAAUUGGGAUUUUAAUUACAGAUGUAAAAAACCCAGGCUGGGCUAUAAAUGGAGGGAUUUUUAGUAUUGGGAUAGAUAUUGUGCAACAAGGGACAAUAGUGGUGCUUAAGCAGUUUUCUACUACAACCCCUAGCAUUAUUUCAGGAUCAAUUACCAGCAUUUCUGCCACCCCAGUAAACAGUUUAGCAGACCCUAUUGUUGGUAACACAAUAUCUUACCUUAUAUCAUUCCAAAAUCCUCACGAAAUCCCAUUAGGCUCUACAAUAGCAAUGACCCUUCAGUCCUCCUCUUUCAGCACAUCUUCCUCAGACUGCUUUAUUUAUUCAGGUAUUUCUGACAGUCCAUCCUCCCAAGCAUCCUGCUUUUUAUCCUCUUCUCAAAUCAUUAUUUCUAAUUUUAACAAAAUUUAUGCCAGCACGACUAUAACAAUCCAAGUCCCUAUUUCUAUAUCCACAAAUUCUAUAUCAUUAUCAGUGUCGUCUAAUUAUGGAGCCAGUACAAUUGAUGUAGGCAGCCAAGUUAUUAUAACCCAAAGUAUAUCUGCGAAUAUUUUUCCAAGUUUAUCAGUGUCAUAUCCUGGGAGUGGAGUAAUAAGCUCUUAUGGGACUUUUACAGCCAGUUUAAAGCCUACUUCUGUGCUACCGAUUGGGUCACUUAUUUAUAUUUCAUUUCCAAAGGAAUUUCUUAUAGAUAGCUCACCAUGCUCCCAGACUGCGUAUUUAGGAACUGGAACAUUUCCAAUUUCAUGUGAAAUUUCUGAAAAAACUGUAAAAAUGACUACAAAAACAGACUCGAUCUCGACCUCAGAAAAUUCAGUAUUUACCUUGUCACUGACCCUUCCUAAAGUCCAUACUAAUUCAGAAAAUUCAUAUGAAAUUUGUAUAAGAGCUAUUUCAGGAAGCAGCAUAAUUAACACCCAAUGUCUCAUAGAAAAUGUAGAAGCUUCAAGCUUGUCAAGCCUUACUAAUAAUAUUUUAGGAGAUUCUGAUGCUCCUGGCAUAUACAUGCCUUUUACAAUUACCUUUAAAUCUCCUAUUACUACUGAUUCUCAAAAUUCUGCUGUUCUUGUGAGCUUUAGUACAGGGACUUCUGGAUCGCCAGGGUUUCCUUUAAAUCUUGGAAUUGGAACACCUAACUGUAAAUUCACAGGGACAUCAGAAAAAUCUUCCUGUAAAUUAUCAGCUUCAAAUUCAAUAGGAACAGAUGCAGCUCUUUGGCUAUUAUCAUUAGGAGCUCUUACAACUAAUAGCAACACAGUCCGGCUUAUAUUAAAAAGCCCAAGCACUGCAGGUGUUACAUUUUUUUAUCAAAUAAAAAUUGGGUAUAUAGAAAAUCGUAUAUUUAAACUCAUAGGCCAAACUACUGGGAGCACUAUUACUGUCGGGACAAGCCCAGCUUCAUGGGCAAGCUCACUAAUAGCUUCUAGAAGCUCACUUGUGAUAAACGAGUCAAUAUCCUUGGUAUUGUCACUAAUAUCUCCUACAGCAGUUUUAAACAAUUGGGAAUUUUACGCAAUUUUUCCUAUUGGCUGGGAUUUGUCAGGGGUUUCAUCAAUUUCAGCAUUAAGCUCGACAAGUAGUCUUGAAGUGUUUAAUAAUGAUUAUGCGCCGAUUGUAAAAGUUCUGCUGGCAGCUGGAGGAAUUUCAACUGCUGCCAGCUCAUCUUUGACUAUAAAUGGGCUUAAAAAUCCAAUGCCAGUUGGGUAUGCGACUGGAGUCCCUUUAAAUAUUGGCUUAAUAGGAGCUUCCCAAUCCAUGGUCGCCUACUCUUCAACUGAUAAUUUACAAGCCUCAACCCAAGGUGCUAUUAUAAACCCUUCACUUACUAUAAAUCCUCCAGAAACCAACAAUCCUGGCGCACAGUAUAAAUUUAAUUUUACAAGCCUAAAUGGAAUUCCUGAAAAUGGAAAAAUAAUUUUGAGCCUUUCAGGAAGCUUGACUGGGCUCUCUACAUCAAUAUUGUCACAUAGCUUUAAAAACAUAAUUACAGUGAGUUUGUCUGGGAAUGUGUUUACAUUGAGCAAUUUAAAGCAGGUGGAGCCGAAGACUGAGAUUGACAUUUAUGUUGAUAAUGUGCAGAAUCCUGGGACGGCUUCUUUGACGAAUUUUAUGAUAUUUCUUGGUAAAUUAAAUAAUCCCAUUAAUUUUUUAAUUUUUAUGAGAAUUUUGGUCGAGAGAGGUUAUUUUAAAGCAGAUUAUUAACCACAGAUAGCUCUGGUCGAAAUAUAGAUUCAGUUACUUUAAAUGGUCAGCUUACUUCCCAAUUUGCAUACGGGGAAAUAAAAAUUUUAAGCAUAUCUUUUGAGCCUCCAAACUUGUAUAUCCAAAACGCUGAUUUUUCAAUUUCAUUUUCAUCAUCACACAGACUUGCACCAUCAAGUACUAUACAAAUAAAUAUUCCAUGAGAAUUUGAUGCUUUAGCUUCAAGCUCUUGCACCUUAAACUACGCAAUAAGUCUCUGCACAGCUUCAGAGCACCUAAUAACAGCUGUUUUGUCUGAAGCAGUUGAAGCUGAAGAAAUAUUCUCUAUGAGAUUAUAUAUAAUCCCUUUAUAGUACAAUUACCAUAAAAUUAAAAAAUCUAUUAAAUUCAGAAUAAUUUUAUUAACACUUUACCAAGUUUUUAAUAUCCCUAAUGUAGAAACUACAAGCUCAUUUACCAUCACAAUUACGAAUAAAAAUACACUUAUUGAUAAAACUAAAGCUACUGCUUUGUAUACAUUUAGCCCAUUGCCUAAAAUCGGCACUUUUCCUAUAGAAAGUAUUGAAUUUUACCCAAAAAAUCAAGGAGUUUCUGCUACAUAUAAAUUUAUUAUUAAUUUGCCAGUAAAAAUUGAUGAGACUGUAAAAGUAGUAGUUUGGUUUCCUAAUGAAUUCGAUGAGGCUUUGACAGGCUCUCAAAGUAUUUCAUGCUGGGGAGAUCCAAUUCAGCUUGUUGGGUACCAAAUAAGCUGUCAGCUAUUAAGCAAUAGAAAACUCAUUAUAAGUGGCUUCAACGAAAUUGCAGCAGAUUUAUCAAUCUCUAUUUAUAUAGGAAACAUCAUAAACCCUAAAGGCAAAAUCGGCAAAUUUCGCUUUGCUUUGCAAGACAGCAACGGUAAGCUUAUUCUAUAUACCUCAAAUGCAGGCAAUUUGUCAUCUUCCUCAAUACCCCAGCCUUUAAAAAUUUCUGAUAUUACGAUUGACAGUCCUUAUGCAAGAAUUCUCAAUAAUUUUACCUUUGAAUUUGAGCCAGUCUCAUUUAUCCCAAGCGACCUUAAUAAAGGUAGAAUUUGGGUCGAUUUUCCAUCAGAUUAUGUUUUAAAAAAUUUAGGGACAGCUUGGACUUAUUCUUGUUCAGCAAAAAUGAUAAAGGGUUAUGAUACAAUUACACCCUGGGGUAGUGUUAAGUGUAUAAAUAAAGAUUCUAAUAGAAUCGAAAUAAGUGGUGGGGAUUAUUAUGCUAAAACCCUUAUUUUAGCAAAAUAAUUUACUUUAAAAAUUUUUUUAUUUUUAUAUAAUUUUGGUAUAUAUCCCUAGCUCAGAUAAAAAAUUACAAAUUAAAAUUUUUGACGUCCCUGGGCCUCAAGCCAGCACUUCUAGCCUCCCUUUUCUGAUUAAAACUUAUGACGAUUACAAUAAAAUCCUCCUUGACACCACCUACCCCCUGCUAAACUACCCGUUUUCUUUCAGUUUAUCUCUUUCUGGUGAAGAAAUCCUUAUCAAUAUAGGAAACUCAAUUACCAUAAUUAAAGGCACAUCUUCAUCUACCAUAACUGCAAAAACAAGCUUGUCGCCUAUGAGGGUAAAUCUUCAGCUGACCAUGAAUAUGCCCAAAAUUUCAGGUGCAAGGCUGCAUCCUUCUGAAGUCUUGACUUGGCCAAUAUCUCAGCCUCAGGUAGAAUUUACCUUAUCAGUUCCUUAUUCUACAACCCCAGGGAUUUAUAAUUUAGAAUGGAUAAAAUCUGGGGAUAGCUAUGACCUUAAUAAUCCUCAGGAUACGAUUUAUGCAGAUUUAGGAAGAACAAUUAUCAAUGUAAUUGAAGGGCUUGCCACGAUUUCUAUAUCUGAGAUAACGCCAAUUCCUGAAAAUGGGCAUUCUUUGCCGAUUAUUGUGACUUUGAGUAAUGCUCCACAUUCAGAGCUAAUUAUAACGCCUGCUGAGACGUCAGGGGAAUUAGAAGUGUCGUUUAAACCUAUUUUGUUGGUGUUUUCUGGAGGGGAAACAGAAAAAGAGCUGAUUAUUUAUGGAGGAGGAAUUUCUAACUCCCCUUUUUAUUAGAAAAAAAAAAACUUAUUUUUGGGAAAAUCACACAUUUAAGAGUAAGCAAGAUGUUUUAAUAUAUUUUUUUUUAGGUGUGCAUUAUAUUAAUAUAUAAUUAAAGAUUAUAAUAAUGAAUUAUACUAAAUUUUUGGCAGUCCAAAAUCUAAAUUUUUUAAAAUUAAAUAGGCUCUCCUUUCAAAAAAAUAUUACUUUCUACUCGUUAUCAAGCAAGUUAAAUUCUCCAAAAGCGCGAAGUAAGGUAAAAUUUGAAAUUGAAUGAAAAUUGUCAGGAAAUGAAGCCAAAGCAUAUAAAAAACCAUCAAACUCAGAAAUCCAGGCAACUGGGAGAAGGGAUGCAACACCAAUUAUCGCAAACGUGAAAACCAUUGAUAUAGGCCAACACUAUGUGACUUUUCAGAUCAAUACUUCAGUGAAAGGAACUUUAUAUUACCAGCUAGAGCUAAGAUAUACAAGAUCACCAAAUCCAGUCGCACUAGUAGCAAGCUAUGAUGAAGGCUACGCAUCCAGAAUAAACCUAUUAAGCUCUACCAAUAUAAACACAAUCACCAUUACCAACCUCGCUGCAGAAACUGAAUACAUUACCUAUUUUACCCUUGUAGAUACAAGCGAUAACAUGUCCCUAAUCUAUUCCUACGAAUUCAUCACAUUAGAAGACUACCAAAGUAUCCUAACUUAUAUCGCUUUUAAUGAAUACAACCCAGUCACCCAAGGCUCCUCAGAUUUUCUUAAUAAUUCUUUAAUCCCAACCCUCGCCAAAGCUAUGGCAAUCCACCCUUCCAGAGUUUCUUUAAAAUCAGCAGCCACUUCUAGACAGCUACAAAGCCACAAUUCCAAUGAAGUCGCCUGCUAUAUCGCAAAUGAUAAAUAUGCAGACUUGCCAAGCCCAGCUUCUCUAAUAGGAAAUUUACCUUUACCUACCUUAAAUUCUUAUAUUUCUAAAAUCGGGAUCACUGCUUAUAGUAUUUCUAAUUUAAUUACUAUUGGAAAUUCCCGGCCUGAUUGGCUAGAAAUGGGGUCUGUGUGGUCUGUUACAAAUUCCUCUAUAACUUGUGCAGGAGCCCUGAGAAGUCCUGGGUAUAUACAUAUGGUCAUAUUGGAGACUGAGGCAAAAUCUCCAAGUCCUCAACAAAUUGUAUGGGGGGUUGAUGGAGAAAAUAAUGAGGCAAUGCACGCUUAUGUGUAUACAGAAGGAGGCAGCAGGGUGUUUGUUACUUAUGAAGGGCUUGAUAAUGAUAAGAGGUAUGAUGUAUAUAUUUCAGCGUCAAAUGAUAAUCCAGGGAAUAAUAAAGCGGUGGUUGGUCAAGCAUAGGUAGCAACCAGACACCCCCACCCCCCUUUCACAGAUGGCACCCCUCUCGGGUUUAUCCUAUAGAAGUAAUUGAUAGGAAAUAAGCAGAAUAAAUUAAAUAUAACCCAAUUAAAACACUAUAUUGUUAAAUUAAGUCCACAAAUUACUUUAUAUUUAUAAUUAAUUAAUAAAUUUAAAUUUAUUAGCAAUUAAUUAGAAAAUAUAUUAAAUUUAUAUUUAUAAAUAUAAUGCCAAAUAUAUAUAGAUAAUGGCAUUAAUUAUUAAAUUAGCCAAGCACAAUAAAAUAACUUGCAUUAAAUUUAUUGAUUCAUAAAUUAAAGCUAAUCUGAUGACCAUUGUACAAGGAUUGCAGGACUGAAUUGGUAACAGGAUUCAAUAAUAAAAAUAGUAUUUGCUAUUGUCAGUUUUACUUUUGGAUCUCUAAUUCGACUUUUAGCCUUUGUUCCACAAAGUUCAUAAAUAUAUGCAGGAUAUAUUGCUAAUUAAUACCAAAGAUCAUUAUUAUGCUUGUUAAAUUUUUUCAUAUGUAGUGUGCUUAGUAGUUAUAGGAAAUUCUCACCCCAUUCCACCUACGCUAUGUGGAUAUUGUAUAAAUCAGUAAUUUUGAAUAUUUAAAAUAAUAAUUUAUUUAUAACGUCUGCUCUAAAUUGUCAUUUGUCAUAUAUUUAUGCUAUAUUUAGGGGGGGGCGCCAUCUGUGAAAGGGGGGUGGGGGUGCAAUUUUUUAGGGGGGGUGGGGGUACCAUUUUAGGGUGGUGGGGGGGGUGGGGGGGGUACCACUUUUAGGGGGUUUGGGGGUGGGGGUGUAGGGCUGCGACCUAUGCUUGACCAGGUGGUGUAUAAUGCAGCUGAGUAUAUUGGGGUUAGGACUGCAGUAGGGGAUACCUGCAAAGACUGCGAUGUUUUUAUAGUGGGAGAUAGCGCAGUUUGGAUAGUUUUUAGUACUGGGUUGGGGUUUUUAAUGGGUUAAGUUGAUUAGAUUUCGAAAACCAUGCAAUUCCUGAAGGAUUGUAUACAAAAAUAACGCCCCUUCGCCUGCUCGCCAUUUCAUAAACAACUUUACAAAGGUUGCUGGCAAUACAGAAUUAAAAAUGUCGAAUUUUAUGGUCAAAUCUCGGCGAAAAUCGAAAUCCGAAGCCCGAUGGGUAACUCCUGGUUUUACUCUAGAAAACAGUCCUGAUUGGCCAGGAAACAACCCACUGGUCUGCUGAGAGAUCCAUUUCCAGCUCUCAGCUCCAUUCCCCUCUGAGGAAAAAACUUACCAUUGGUGUAAAGCUGUCCUUUUAAUGUAUAGCAAUUGCCCGAGGAUGGCGCAAGAUAGCGCCAUCCUCGGGCAAUUCCUAUAUACUAAUUCAGGCUUGGAGAAAUAAUUUAACACUUUGACGACAACAUCAAAUUUUCCCAUAAGAAUAGGCUUUACCAUUCAUGACAAAAACUACCCAGAAUUCUACCAAAACAUACUAAUUGAUGGUAAAGUGGCUGAAGUAUUAAAAUUAUGAAUUAAUUAUUAAUUGUUAAAACUAUGCAAAUAUUAGAGAAAAAAUUGGGUCAAUAUAAUAGGCGAUAAACUUACAUAAAUAAAUAAAUUUUAAUGUAUAUACCAUUAGAGUAAAGCAUGUGAUCGCCUAAUUGAGCUUCACCACACCAAAAAAAACCUGACCAGAUGCGCGUUCCCGAGCGUUAACCUCCAUUUUUCAAGGUCCCGCACUUGGGUCAACUGCAGGAGUUGAGGAGUUGUUUGGCUUGCCACACCAUUUUAAUGUUUAUAGGUUUUUAAUAGUAAUUUUUUAA